AUGUACAACCACUAGUUCUCUAACUUCUCUUCAUCACUAAUGAACAAUUUAUGUUUCUACCAAAAUUAAUCAUGCAGAAUUCCGAAUAAUUCGCUGCACAUUGAAGUAAUCGGUCUAAAACCAAACCAGAAUAAUUCCAAUUUGAUCUCACCUAUCUUUCAUCAUCCCAAAAAAACAUCCCUUCCAAAAACCCAUAUUAUAGCAAUGAAUACCCACCAAAAAUUAGAGCGCCGAGAAUUGGGCAAAACUUGCCUCAAUCUCAGUUGUGUGGGUUUCGGCGCUUCUCCUCUUGGCAAAGUCUUUGGUGAUGUUUCUGAAGAAGAAUCCAUUGCUACUAUUACUCAAGCUUUUAACUUGGGUAUCAAUUUCUUUGACACUUCUCCGUACUAUGGUGCCACAUUGUCAGAGAAGGUGCUUGGGAAGUGUUUGAAAGCACUUGGUGCACCUAGAGAUCAGUAUAUUGUUGCAACUAAGUGCGGCCGUUAUGCCGAAGGCUUUGAUUUUAGUGCUGAAAGGGUGACUAGGAGCAUUGAUGAAAGCCUAGAGAGGUUGCAACUUGAUUAUGUUGAUAUAUUACAAUGUCAUGAUAUUGAAUUCGGUUCUCUUGAUCAGAUUGUCAAUGAGACGAUUCCUGCCCUUCAGAAAAUUAAAGAAUCUGGGAAGACUAGGUUCAUUGGUAUAACUGGACUUCCAUUGGAAAUAUAUACGUAUGUUCUUGACCGAGUUCCACCUGGGACAAUUGAUGUUGUUCUGUCAUAUUGCCACUAUUGUAUCAAUGACUCAACCUUAGAAGAUUUGCUUCCGUAUUUGAAGAGCAAAGGUGUUGGUGUGAUCAAUGCUUCUCCACUUUCAAUGGGGCUUCAUACCGAAAAUGGUCCCCCAGAGUGGCAUCCAGCUUCAACAGAGAUUAAGGCUGCAUGUAAAGCUGCUGCUGAUUAUUGUAAGAAGAAUGGAAAGAAUAUCUCAAAGUUGGCUUUGCAGUACAGCCUGUCAAACAAAGACAUUUCUACUACCCUUGUUGGCAUGAACUCUGUUAGGCAGGUAGAGGAAAAUGUUGCUGCCGCUUUAGAACUCGAAGCUGAAGGAAAGGAUGAGAAAACUUUUGCAGAAAUAGAGAACAUCCUGAAGCCUAUAAAGAAUCAAACUUGGCCCAGUGGUAUACAACAAACUUGAGAUUGUUUGCACUUUGCAGGCAGUAGAUGUGUUUUCUUGUGAAUUUCAUUUUUAUCGCCACCAAAUAAUGAAGGCAUUGUGUAAAUCUUCGGAGAAAUUGUUUCAUGUAAAAGUUCAUGUUUGGACUCAGAAAAAUGUAUGAUUUUUUUUUUGUAGUAAAACCCCAACAAUUCCAAGAGGUUAUUUAUGACCUUUGCAGGAGCAAUAACUUUUACUUCUGCUUUUAUAUC